AUGAAUGAAGGCGGAGACCAGAAGUCACGCCAAAGACACACAUCCAAAGGCAAACUCCUAGUCAGACAGCGGGUCAAUGAGCUCUUGGAUCCAUUCUCGCCAUUCCUCGAGUUGUCCCCAUUGGCCGCACACGACUGCUAUGACAAUGAAGUGGUCAACAGCGCCGCUAUUGUCACCGGAAUUGGCCGCAUCUGCGGUCAGGAGUGUAUGAUUGUGGCCAAUGACGCGACCGUAAAGGCCGGCACUUAUUAUCCAUUAACGGUUAAAAAGCAUUUAAGAGCUCAAGAGAUCGCUCAACAGAAUCGGUUGCCGACCAUCUAUUUGGUGGACUCGGGCGGUGCGAACCUUCCGCACCAGUCGGACAUAUUCCCGGACGUCAAUCAUUUCGGGCGUAUAUUCUAUAACGAGGCGGUCAUGUCUUCGGAAGGGAUCCCACAAAUAGCGGUAGUGAUGGGCAGCUGUACGGCGGGCGGCGCUUACGUGCCGGCGAUGGCCGACGAGAAUGUGAUCGUCCGAAGACAGGGCACUAUAUUCCUCGCCGGACCGCCACUCGUCAAAGCGGCCACAGGAGAGACCGUAUCGUCCGAAGAGUUGGGCGGAGCGGACAUGCAUUGCAGUACUUCAGGUGUGACCGACUAUUACGCGCAUAACGACAGACAUGCGCUACAAAUCACCCGAAAUAUUGUCUCAAAUCUGAACCGACAAAAGAAAGCGGACAUAACUGUGAGCGCAGAUGUGGCCGAACCCAAGUACGCGUUGGACGACAUCUACGGCAUUGUCGGCACUGACCUCAAGAAGCCGUUCGACGUGCGAGAAGUGAUCGCACGGGUUGUCGACGGCAGUCAUUUCGACGAGUUUAAGGCACAGUACGGGUCAUCAUUAGUCACCGGAUUCGCUCGUCUUUAUGGCUAUCCGAUCGGAAUCGUCGCCAAUAAUGGGGUUCUGUUCUCGGAGUCGGCGCUCAAAGGAUCGCAUUUUAUACAACUCUGUUGUCAGCGAAAGAUUCCGCUAAUAUUCCUGCAAAACAUCACCGGAUUUAUGAUCGGACGCGAGGCUGAGAGCAGUGGUAUCGCAAAACACGGCGCAAAAAUGGUGACCGCAGUUGCGUGCGCUCAGGUGCCCAAACUCACCGUUAUUAUCGGCGGCUCGUAUGGGGCCGGCAAUUAUGGGAUGUGUGGUCGCGCCUAUUCGCCCAGAUUUCUAUACAUGUGGCCAAACGCCAGGAUUUCCGUUAUGGGCGGCGAACAGGCGUCAGAUGUGUUGACCACUAUUACAAGGGAUCAGAAAUUGAGGGAAAAUAAGACUUUAACUCCGGAGGAAGAGAAAGCCAUAAGAGAUCCAAUUUUGGCCAAAUUCGAGGCCGAAGGCAGUCCUUAUUACUCAAGCGCUCGGCUUUGGGACGACGGCAUUAUUGACCCGACGGAUACCCGAAGAGUACUGGGACUCAGUCUGAGCGCAGCACUCAAUGCCCGCAUUCCCGACACUAAGUUCGGUGUCUUUAGGAUGUGAACCAAAUCAUUGUUU